CCUGCUCAUCGUGGAGUAAGAGUGGCUUGCUGGCGGAUGAGGGCGCUUCGCCGCCAUGUGAAACGCACACACUGGCUCAGUCUCUGCGAAGUAUUGUGUGCGUGUGUGUGUGUGUGUGUGUGUAUGAGUGAGUGUGUGAGUGUGAGUGAGUGAGAGAGAGCGUGUGAGUGUGCAGCCCUGAAAAGUAAAGGGCCACGAUGAAGUGAGAAAUCGCCAAUGCAGGAGAGCAGCCCCGAGCCGACCCGAGGACUCGGUUGGUGAUGUGAGAAAACCCCGAUCGGAUCCGAGCUCGUCUCUUUGGGCGCAGUGCAGACUCGAGGUGAGGAAGGACGGCUGCCUGCUGGCCACCAGAUGACCAACUUCUGAAAAGUCGAUCUGCGCUGUCCAGUUUUUCAGCUCCACACCAGACAUCAUGGCUGUCUCGUCGCCCUCCUCAAAUAUCCUGCUCCUUCUCCUAAUUUCCUCCCUGGAUUGGCUGUCCACUCCAGGUUGUGCGUUUGUCUCGGACCGGGACCACACGAACCCAUCAGCUCCCCUUGAGCCUCAUUUCACUGAGUGCAUCUCAAGGGAACAGGAGACAUUCCGCUGUUGGUGGAGUCCAGGCACCUUCCACAACCUGUCCACCCCUGGAGCACUCAGAGUCUUCUACUUUAAGAAAGAGUCUCCAACCAGCGAAUGGAGAGAGUGUCCACAGUACAUCCAUUCGAACAGGGAGUGCUUCUUCGACAAAAACCACACGUCCAUUUGGAUCCCCUACUGCAUGCAGCUGCGCAGCCAAAACACCACCUUUUUUAAUGACGACGAUUGUUUCACCGUGGAAAACAUUGUACGUCCGGACCCACCAGUGUCUCUAAACUGGACCCUCCUGAACAUAAGUCCCUCUGGGCUGAGUUAUGAUGUCAUGGUCAACUGGGAGCCCCCGCCCUCCGCAGACGUUAGGACGGGCUGGAUGCGCAUCAUGUACGAAAUCCAGUACAGAGAGAGAAAUACCACAAAGUGGGAAGCAUUGGAGAUGCAGCCCCAGAGUCAGCAGACAAUCUUCGGUCUGCACAUAGGAAAAGAGUAUGAAGUGCACAUCCGCUGCAGGAUGCAGGCCUUCACUAAGUUUGGAGAGUUCAGCAGUUCCAUCUUCAUUCACGUGACCGAGAUUCCCAGCAGAGAGACUACUUUCCCUCUCGCGGUUGUUCUUGUUUUUGGGAUUGUGGGCAUCCUCAUACUCAUCAUGCUGAUUAUCGUCUCUCAGCAGCACAGACUCAUGAUGAUUCUGCUGCCACCAGUUCCUGCACCCAAAAUUAAAGGCAUCGAUCCAGAGCUGUUGAAGAAGGGGAAGCUGGACGAGCUGAAUUUGUUCCUGAGUGGCGGGGGUAUGGGUGGCCUGUCCACUUAUGCACCAGAUUUCUACCAAGACGAGCCAUGGGUGGAGUUCAUCGAGCUGGACACCGAGGAUGCCGACUCUGGGGAGAAGGAGGACAACCAGGGCUCAGACACGCAGAGGCUGCUUGCUCUGUCCCAACCCGUCAGCCACCACAUGAACAUAGGGUGCUCCAAUGCCAUUAGCUUCCCUGAUGAUGACUCAGGCAGAGCCAGCUGUUACGACCCAGAUCUCCUCGACCAAGAAACCUUAAUGCUGAUGGCCACCCUGCUGCCAGGCCAACCCGAGGGCGGAGAAGCCUCCCUCGAUGUUGAAGAAGGGGCCUCAGCCUCCGAGAGGAGCAAGAGGGCCCUCAUCCAAACCCAAACUGCGGGACCCCAGACUUGGGUCAACACAGACUUCUAUGCGCAGGUCAGCAAUGUUAUGCCCUCCGGGGGCGUGGUGCUGUCUCCUGGCCAGCAACUCAGAAUCCAGGAGAGCACCUCGGCCACAGAGGAGGAAAAACAGAAGAAUAUAAAAGAGAGUGAAGACAGGGGUGACGAAAAGAAGCAGAAGGAGCUGCAGUUUCAGUUGCUGUUAGUGGAUCCUGAGGGAAGCGGCUACACCACGGAGAGCCACGCCCGGCAGAUCGGCACUCCCCCGAGCUCCCCCAUGCCUGGUGAGGGGUACCAAACCAUACUGCCUCCGCCAGCGGAGACCAAACCCGCAGUGGAAGAUAAUCAAUCACCUUACAUUGCUCCUGACUCUCCCCAGUUCCAGUUCAGUGCUCCUGUCUCAGACUACACCGUGGUGCAGGAGGUGGACACUGAGCAUAGCCUUCUCCUCAACCCCCCUCCCCACCAGUCGACCCCUCCCUGCCUGCCACAGCACCCCUUCAAGGCCCUGCCUGCAAUGCCUGUGGGGUACAUCACCCCAGACCUGCUGGGCCACCUCUCACCAUGAAAUGACAAUGCCAAUGGACCUAUGGGUGCAAGGUUUAUUAACCAGGAAGUCCCCUGCUCUCACAAACGCCUGUUUCUACCUAAUUCCCGCUGGAAACCAAAUAACUUGUAGCACACAGUGUGGAUUGAGUGUUUGAUUUCAGAGGCUGCUGAGAGCGAGACAUUAAAGGCAACAAGUUGUGUUGUUGACUCUAACAUAUCUUGCUUCAUCCAUUAAUUGGCUAUAUAUGGCUAUCAGAAGUACAUGUGGGGGAGAAAACUAAAUGCACAGUUUUCUCUGUUCGUUGACAUCCACACACCCGACACACAAACACUAAGCUGGGCUUGAUAUAGUAAUGAGUUCAAAAAGCAUUAGCUCACUGCUAACCUUCCUUGGAUCUCAUUACAUCGCUGGCUAAUUGUGUUUAGGACAAUGACAUUACUGAAGUCUUGAUCUUGCGGAGACAUGUAGUCAGUGUAUGGUUGAUUAGGAGAAGAAAAGCACACUCUAGUCACGGGUUUCACCCGACACCGUGAAGAAGUCAUUGCUGUUGUUGAUACCUCUUUCUGGCAGAGAUGUUUGCCACUCAAUUGUGGCUUAUUUUAUAUUCUUAAAUUUCUUAUUUCAUUGUGUCAUCUUAUUAGUGCUUCACUAGAGAUAUAUUUUUAUACGAAAAAAGGCAUAACGGAAAAUUUCUGCCCCAAAAUACAGUUGAAAACACGCAACUAUGCAGUUGUCCCUUGCAUUCUGGGCUUCAUUUUGUUCAAAUGAAUGUGCACAUACAGACAUAAAUAGCCAGGACAACAAACAACACACUAUUGUUAUUACUUUGCUUUCCUUCCUCGGGGGAUGUUGAAAGGCAUUCUGGGAAGUGCAGGACUACUGGAGUAAAAGUAAAGGUGAUAAUUAAAAGGGAAAUGAAAACAUUUCAUCGCACACUUAUUCCUGGAAUGCAUUGAAAUAUUGUAUAAUAAUAUAUUUUCUUUUAACCUGAGUGUUUUUGUUUUUUCAUUUUUAAUUUGACAUUCAUACUGUACUGUGAACAUGCAUCACUUACAGCACUGAACAGCAGUUCUUGUAGAAAGCUGAAUGGUUCAUUCAGAUUCAGUCACAGUCGGGAGCCGCUCAGUACAAAUUGUGCCAUAGUGCACUGAGCACCACCAAGUGCCUUGCUCACGGGCACGUAGUUCUUUUUUUCAGAAGGGAAACCAAGCAGUUUUGAGAAAAUAGGUACCGCGUUACAGACUGUAAUAGCAACCAAGUCAACCAGCACUCAUAAUCUAUCACUUAAAGUGGAACCUUUAAGAGCAAGCUCUCAAACUGGGAGAUUUAUUCUUCUGGCGUUGCAUCGUUAUUGCAGGGACAGCAACUGGAGAAGGUUGAAAGACUGUGAAAGUAGGUAAUAGCUGUAAUUAGCUAACAUUUUAUACUGAGUAUCUGCCAAGUACGCCGUGUUAGCGACCUGUGCUAUGAUAGUGUUAUUGGCUUGCCUUAUCCGUGCUAAUGUAUGCAUACGUAAUUUAGAUGUGUGCAUUUGUGCAUCGCUACAGUGUGUACAAGCAAGUAUCGCUAUGUAGCUAAAGUCUCUCUGCAUAGAUUCAGUACAAAAAAAACUUGCACAUGCACAGUAACACAGUAACAUGCACGCACACACACACACACACACACACACACACACACAAUUACACUAUACAUACUUGCCUUAAUUGACAGAUUUCAUUAUGCCUUCCUGACAUGGCCAUAAAAAGUAUGAUCUGAAAAUUGUUGUAAGGGGUAAACCUUUUUCUGAGGCCAUUCAACUGUAAUUUGCAUGUUCCGGAUGCUCAUCAAACUAACCCACAAUUUCCAAACAAAAAUGUCGAUCUGGGACAGGAGAGCAGAGUUCCAAGCUCUGGCAACAAAUACAUAAAUAUAAAGGCUAUACGUGUGUGUAUUUCGGCACACAUAUUGAGACCUAGUUACUUGUUUUUAUAAGAAUGAGUUUGGGAUAUUAUACAUAUUAUAGGCUGAAUCUAUCUCAUAAUCAGCUUUUUGUCACUAAGCUUGUGCUUGGUUCAAAAGAGACCUUUUGUGAAGGUUUAAGGCUCCUCGUGUGGUUUUUUUUUUUAUGAAUUCUAUCAUAAGAAACUAUGACAAUAUGCCUGUGACAAACAGCAGCAUAGCAUACUCUAUACAAUAAGCUAAACAAAUAAAGGUUGUGCCAUAUGCAUGGUUUUGUGAUACAGUGCAAUGGAUUUACAUUUCAAUGAGUCUAUACGAAUGAGUCGGAGAUGAAUACAUCUCAUUAUAAACAAAACAUACUUCACGGUGAAAAAGGAAAACAUACCCUGCCUUUGAACUAUCCUCGGAGAUAAGCAGGCCAGUGACUCAGAUGGAAACGGUCUUUUGUAUGAGACAAUCCAGUAAUGAAGAGAGACAUAGCAAGAACCAUUAAAAUACAAUUUCUAAAAAUGUGAAUAUAAUAGAUAUGUACCACUUCUCUCUGUAUCUAUCAAUUUUUUUGAGCCCAGUGUCUCUGUUGUUGCUGCCUAGUGCUGGGGAGACCAGCAAGUCAAUGCUGUUGCAGAAAUGUCUUAAUAUAUUUACUAGUGCUGUAAAAUUACAAAUAUGUAUUUUUUAACGUCAUUAAUGUUACUAAUCACAACAUAUUGCUGCUCGGUACAUGGGUUUUUCCUGCAUAAAGCCUUACUGUGGAAGGGCCAUUCAAGAGUUAAUUCUAUUGUGUAGUAAAAGUGUAAAUGCUGAGGUGAUAAAACCUGCCAAUUUUAUGAUACUGGUUUCUGGAAAUGUCUGGGAGAAAUGGGAAUGUGUGAUUUGGUUCAGUCAUCAGUAGCAACAAUUAGACAGUUGAAUCAAGAAGCUAUACAGUCACUUAAUGAUGCUCAUCUGACCUGCACAGUGUUCACACCCAUCCAAAAAUUCCCAGAAGGCUCUCUGUGUAUAUGAAGGAAGAUCAGACAAUGGGAGAAGCAAUGCUUUGGGGGGGGGGUCUUUUUUCAGAUGUACCGUGGCGAUUGUGCAUGUGUGCAAACUGGAACAAGUGAUGCAAUUACAAUAUUGAGGAAAAGUUGUUGAAAAAGGAAAGGAAAAGAAAGAAAGGAGGUGUUUUUUCCGUACUGGUGUUUACUACAGUACAUUGUGUCUGCAUUUUUUUUUGCCAGUUCACAAUGAGCUAAUUCUUAAUGUAGUGUAAAAGUUUGCAACAAAAAUUUUCGAGCUUAUAUAUGUUACAGAAACUUUAGAGCAAGCACUUUUUACACAUAUAGUAAAUAUCUGAUCUUUAAAAUAGUAUUCAGAUUUUGUAUCUAUUGGACUGAAUCAAAUAUAUUACUUGUUACUACAAAACAGCUUCUUUUUUUAUUUAGCACAAUAAUCAGAUGGUGAGGACCCUUCGAUGUCAAUGAGCCUUAGUUUUGUUCUACAGAGUUUAUGUUUAUAGGACAUAUUUUACACUACCAGAUUGAUAGGAUGAUGUACUGUAAUGGAGUAUUUAAUAUUUGGUAUAAGAGUUAUUGAUAGAUAGAGCAGAUAGAUGUAGUCUUUGAGUGAAAUAGUUCUACUGUAACUCUGCACUCUCACACGUCUCCCGCUAUGUGAUUUCAGCAUUUCACUAUUAAGGUGCGUUUAGAUGGGGCUGAAGUGUUUUUUUAUGAUGUGUUUUGACCCCUGGUGUCUUGGUUUCGUGUCAGUUCUUGGGCGGCGUUUGUUGCUCGUCUUUAAGCCUGGAGAUAAUCAUGAGAGCUGGAAUUUGUGCGGCCUCUUGUGCUUUGUCAAACAAAGAGAACAUUGUGAGAUAUACGUUUUAGCUUGUUGGGGGAAAUAGUUUAAUUAUUGUAAACGGUAAAUAGCCUUUUUUUUUAUUAAUAAGUUCAGUGGCUCCAGUCUAUAUUUCUGUCCGUGUGUUAUUUAUUUGUUUGCGCAGAGCCCUCGCAUCACCCCACUACCCAGUCUGGCCAUAAUGGAUCGGGCAACAUGACUAAUGUGUGCACUGUUAUUCUCUGACGUGUGUCGUCCAGGUUCACAGAACAAGAAAUAUUCUACGUGUCAGAAACAGCUGCGUUGCCAUCUGCGCGUGAACACCCCAACACCAUAAUUUAUCUGUUUGCUAUCUGUUUGCAUUGACUUGACCAAUCAAUAGGACUUUACUCUGUAUAUUUUCAGGCCCCAAUCACAUUUUAAGACCCUCCUGGCCUCGGAGCCACUGUCCUUAUCUGUUAGCUGUUGUUUUACUCAAGGCCAAGAACGGUGUUGAUCUAUGAGGAUUUGAUAUUGUUCUCCUACCAGCUGAAGUUUUCUGGUGUUGUAAGUGUGAUCGAUAAGCUCUCGACAAGUAGCACAAUAAACAUAUAUACUGCAUCUUAA